AUGGAUCUUUUCACAAUCUGGUCAUCUUACAGGAAACAACUUGUGGAAUUGAAUAAUCUUAAAAUACCAAGACUAACUCUUUGCGGUAAUCCUAUUGAGCUGCAAUUACAUGGCUUCUCUGAUGCUGCGGAGCCAGGUUUAGGUGCCUGCGUGUACCUUUGUUCAAAGGACUCGUUAGGCAAUUUUUCGUCUAAACUACUUUGUGCAAAAACUAGAGUCUCUCCACUUAAAGAAUUGACUAUUCCUAGGCUCGAGCUUUGUGCAGCAUUACUCUUAGCAAAACUAGCUAAAACUGUGUUAGCUUCAAUACCCUCUACUUUGGACUCUAAGAACUACUGGUCUCAAAUACAAUCCAUAACUAAUAUUGAUGAAUGGAGAUAUAAUAGAACCGCAGACAAUCCAGCUGAUCUACUUACUAGAGGAAUUCCACCUUUAAGCUUGUUAAAUUCGACUUUAUGGUUUCAUGGACCUCCUUGGCUGACUGAAGAUGAGUGGCCAAACGACAUAGUAGAUUUAUCAAAUAUUGAUACUCCUGAAUUACGAAAUGUCACUUCUUUUCAUGUGUCCAUCGAAAAACAUACCAAUAUUGACUUACUUACUUUAAUUGACAAAUUUUCUAAUCUAACUAAACUGGUUCGUACUUUUGCCUUUGUGCUACGCUUUAAAAACAUCCUUAAAUUAAAGUCUAAAUCUGACUUUUUUAAUAGAGAGCUUUCAACUCUGGAAAUUGAGAAUUCUUCGAAUACACUUGUCAGCUUGGUACAAGCUUCGACAUUUUCUGAAGAAUUUAAAGCACUGAAGAAUAAUAAUAAGGUCUCUAAUAAAUCCAAACUCCUUACCUUGAGUCCCUUCUUUGACCACACUCUUAAUCUUAUUCGAGUUGGGGGUCGUUUGCAACAAUCUAAUUAUGAAUAUCAAAAGAAACACCCUAUAGUUUUACCCCCUAAACAUAGACUUUCACUUUUGAUCGCACAUUCUGAACAUAUUAAGCUACUUCAUGCUGGUCCACAACUUACAUUGGCAUCACUUCGUGAAAGGUUCUGGCCAAUCAAUGGCAGGAACUUAAUUAAAAAGGUUUACCAUGACUGUUUAACUUGUUUUCGCUUUGUUGCAAAAUCGACAAAGUACCUUAUGGGUAAUUUACCCAAGACACGAAUUACACCCUCUAGACCCUUUUCUGUGUCCGGUGUUGACUACGCAGGGCCCUUCUCCCUUAGGGAUCGCAAAGGACGUAAUUUUAGAACUAACAAGGCAUACAUAGCAUUGUUUGUGUGUUUUGCUACCAAGGCUAUUCACCUAGAGCUAGUAAGUGAUCUUACUAGCGAAUGUUUCUUAGCCGCUUUGGACAGAUUCAUGUCACGAAGAGCAAAUCAAGGUAUACAAUGGAAUUUUAUACCGCCUCACGCUUCACACUUUGGUGGGCUUUGGGAGUCCAGCAUUAAAUCGGUAAAGUAUCAUCUUAAGCGUAUAGUUGGUAGUUUAUCAUUAACUUUUGAAGAUUUUUCUACAAUAAUUACUCAAAUAGAAGCCUGUUUAAACUCCAGACCCUUAUGUCCUCUUUCUGAUAAUCCGAAUGAUCCAAAUCCUCUCACUCCUGCGCACUUUCUUAUUGGUGAACCAUUGACGACGUGCCCACAAGUUGAUCUACUGGGAGUAGCAGAGAACAGACUAUCAAAAUACCAACAUAGGCAACAAAUGGUGCAAUAUUUUUGGUCUCGUUGGGUCAAGGAAUGCAUUGCAGAACUCCAGAUACGUACGAAAUGGAAGCAGAAUUACCUGCAGCUCCUGAAACUAGGCGUUCUUGUGCUCAUCAUGGAGGAUGGAUUACUACCAUUAAAAUGGCGAACUGGCCGAGUGGUACAAAUAUUUCCUGGAGGAGAUGGUAUUGUCCAAACAGUAUUAGUGAGGACUUCUGCUGGCGAGUAUAAGCGUCCAGUUACGAAGAUUGCUGUCCUGCCUAUUUAUGAUUUUUAA